AUGCUGAUUACUGAAACUAUUGAUGUUUCAAGCAAUGAUAUAUUCAUUAAAUUUCCAGUUCCCACAAUCCAAGACAUUCGUAGAUAUAUCCCCAACCCACAUUUGAAUGGCAGUACACAGGCCAUUGGAGGAUUUUUGAUAUUUCGUAUCUUUUUCAAUGAACAAAUUUCUCAAAACCAUAAUACCAUUGUUGCUGAAAUUUCAUCCCUAUCUUCAAUACUAUGGAAUUCAGCUGAACCUAAUGUCAGAGAGACAUUUAAUCAGCUGGCUGAGCAGACAAUGUCAAUAUUCAGAGAGGAAGUGCCAUUUAUCUGGUGUCAAGAUAUUAAGAAACUUGGACUGCCUCCAUGA